AUGUCUGCCAAUGGUUCAAAGCCGGACCACUUUAGCAACGAGAUGUUUGCAAUUGGUCUCAAAAAUCGACGAAAAGUAGUUGGCGAUGCUUAUGUUGACACAGCUUUAAAGAAUGGCUCAACGGAAUUUGCCUAUCCCAACCAGCAACUCGUUACUGAGUAUUGCUGGGGUAACAUUUGGUCUCGCCCAGGCUUAACAUUCCAGCAGCGCAGUCUUCUUAAUAUCGGUAUGCUGAUCGGGCUAAAAAGCUGGCCAGAGCUGGCAAUUCAUAUCCGCGGGGCCAUCAACAACGGCUUGACGGAGCUUGAGAUUCGUGAGGCCAUUCUGCAAUCCUCGAUAUACUGUGGGGUACCUGCUGGGAUAGAGGCCACAAAGACAGCGACUCGCGUCAUUAAUGAGAUGGUUGCGAACGGUGAACAUACUAGAGAGCUGUCAGAGGUGCUUCCUCAUGUGCAAUGA